AAGACAAUCGCCUUAUUAAUUUAUGACUCGGCAACAAAACAAAUCUUAAAAAUGUGUAAAAGCAGGGCUAGAACGGGGUCCGGCAGUUCCGAGCCUGAAGAAUGGGCUCGGUCUUUGUUAUAAGGCCGAAUCUUGGUAGGCUCUACCGGUGCAAUGCAAUGGAGUAUAUAAAGAAGGGUUGACAUCCCUUCCGGGCUUUAUCUUUGAAUAAUGCUCUUAAAUAUAUAUAAAUACUUUCUGUUAUUUCAAGAGAGCCCAAGUCACUUUUACUAAUUUUCAUAUUUCCAGUACAGCACGUAAACCCAUCACACCAACCGAGCCAGCAAGUUGCUGGAACCAGUCGCCAUGCAGUCGACGGAAGACCAAGGGCAAGAAAAGUCCAAAAUCGGUCUAGAUUGGCAUUUGAAAGACAAAGUUUCAGCCAUGCAAGAAAGAGACCACAACUCCGGCUUCCCACGUCGUGAACUGGGAGUGACAUGGCAAAACCUGACUAUCGAAGCCGUCUGUGCCGAUGCCUCCAUUCACGAAAAUGUCUUUUCCCAAUUCAACAUUCCGAAAUUGAUGAAGGAAUCAAGACAAAAACCACGGAUGAGAACAAUUUUAGACAACAGCCACGGGUGUGUCAAGCCAGGCGAGAUGCUACUCGUACUCGGUCGCCCUGGCUCUGGCUGCACGACUUUGCUCAGCAUGCUGGCCAACAAGCGACGGGGUUAUGCAAAUGUGUCUGGUGACGUACUCUAUGGGUCCAUGAGUGCCCAGGAAGCGAAGCGGUAUAAAGGUCAGAUUGUUAUGAAUACGGAAGAAGAAGUUUUCUUUCCGUCCCUGACCGUCCGCCAAACCAUGGACUUUGCCACGCGACUCAACAUGCCAUUCCGACUUCCCGAAGGAGUAAAAGACGCAGAAGAAUAUCGAAUCGAGUCUAGGGACUUCUUGCUGCAAUCUGUUGGCAUAGAACACACCAUAGAUACCAAAGUGGGUGAUGCGUUUGUUCGCGGUGUCUCUGGUGGAGAGCGAAAGCGAGUCUCCAUUAUCGAAUGUCUGGCUGCCAAGGGUAGCGUCUUCUGCUGGGACAAUUCAACACGAGGCUUAGAUGCUAGCACGGCUCUCGAAUACACCAAGGCUAUCCGUGCUAUGACAGACAUACUGGGCCUCUCCACGAUUGUGACCCUCUACCAAGCCGGAAAUGGCAUCUACGACCUGUUCGAUAAGGUUCUCAUUCUGGACGAAGGAAAGGAAACAUACUACGGCCCAAUGAAAGAUGCCCGACCCUUUAUGGAGAAUCUCGGUUUCGUCUGCGCACCAGGCGCCAAUGUCGCUGACUUCCUAACCGGCGUGACAAUUCCAACAGAACGCGAGAUCAACCCGAAAAUGCAGCACACGUUCCCACGAACUGCGUCUGCUAUUCUCUUGGAAUACGAAAAGUCCGCCAUACGCACGCAGAUGGUCGCCGAGUAUGACUUCCCUGACAAAGACGCUACCCGGCAGAAAACGAGCGAGUUCCAAAGAGCGAUCGCAAUGGAGAAGCACAUGAUGUUACCCGAAAGUAGCCCUCUGACCGUUGGAUUUGCGCAACAGGUCGGUGCUUGUGUCAAGCGCCAGUACCAGAUUAUCUGGGGAGACCAAGCAACCUUUUGGAUCAAGCAGGGCUCGACGCUAGUACAAGCUCUUGUUGCCGGUUCGCUCUUCUACAACGCACCGGUGACUUCAGCAGGCUUGUUUCUAAAGUCAGGUGCGCUCUUCUUUGCCCUUUUAUUCAAUACCCUAAUUGCCAUGUCGGAGGUGACAGAUUCGUUCCACGGCAGACCUGUUUUGCUCAAACACAAAUCCUUUGCAUUUUUUCACCCGGCUGCAUUUUGCAUCGCCCAGAUAGCCGCCGACAUCCCCGUCAUUCUCUCUCAGGUGUCGAUUCUAUCGUUGAUUCUAUACUUCAUGGUUGGCCUGACCAAGGACGCAGGCAUCUUCUUUACGUUCUGGGUUAUUGUGGUUUCGGCGACCUUUUGUAUGACGGCAAUGUUUAGAGCCAUCGGAGCUGCCUUUGGAACCUUUGAUGGCGCUGCCAAAGCAUCCGGACUUAUUGUCUCUGCCGUUUUCAUGUACACUGGGUACAUGAUUCAGAAGCCCAAAAUGCAUCCCUGGUUUGUUUGGAUCUUUUGGAUCGACCCACUGGCGUACGCAUUUGAUGCGCUGCUUUCCAAUGAGUUUCAUGGCAAGACUAUUCCAUGCGUUGGCCCCAACCUGAUACCCAAUGGCCCUGAAUAUGGUAAUAAUUUACAUCAGGCAUGUGGCGGAGUUGGUGGUGCCGUACCUGGACAAGCCUACGUUGAUGGUGACGCGUACCUGUCGUCGCUAUCAUAUAGUCAUGCUCAUCUUUGGAGAAACUUUGGCAUUCUCUGGGUGUGGUGGGCGCUCUAUGUUGCCAUUACUGUUUGGGCAACGAGCCGCUGGAAGUUGUCGGCUGAAAACGGACCAAGCUCGCUGAUUCCACGAGAGAACGCUACUGUCACUCUGUUAAACCGGCAGAUGGAUGAAGAGGGCCAAGUAACCGCAAACGAUACCCUGUCAUCCGGUCAUACAACACCAUCCAAGUGGAAGAAUCCUGCUGGAGAUGCAAGCUCACGCCAAGGUCUUGUCCGAAACAGCUCCAUCUUUACCUGGAAGAACCUCAGCUACACCGUCAAGACCCCAAGCGGCGACCGUCGUCUUCUCGACAAUGUUCAAGGAUGGAUUAAGCCGGGUAAAUUAGUUGCGCUAAUGGGUAGUUCUGGGGCCGGUAAAACAACGCUUCUUGAUGUGCUUGCCCAGCGCAAAACUGACGGCACGAUCUACGGGUCCAUCUUGGUAGACGGACGGCCGCUCCCUACAUCUUUCCAGCGAUCUGCUGGAUAUUGCGAGCAGCUUGAUGUUCAUGAGUCGUACGCGACGGUUCGCGAGGCGCUCGAGUUCUCCGCUUUACUCCGACAAAGCCGUGAUACCCCCAAAGAGGAGAAGCUUGCUUAUGUCAAUACCAUUAUCGACCUUCUUGAGCUGGGGGAUCUCGCCGAUACUUUGAUUGGCGAGGUUGGCGCUGGACUCAACGUUGAGCAGCGCAAGCGGGUGACGAUUGGUGUGGAACUCGUUUCUAAACCAAGCAUCCUCAUCUUCCUCGACGAGCCGACAUCUGGCUUGGAUGGACAGUCUGCCUUCCGAACGGUCAGCUUCUUGCGCAAACUCGCAGCUGUUGGGCAGGCUGUCAUGGUGACGAUUCACCAGCCCUCAGCGCAGCUGUUUGCUCAGUUCGAUAGUCUUCUCCUUCUCGCAAAGGGGGGCAAGACCGUCUACUUUGGCGACAUUGGCGAUGGUGCUAGCACCGUUAAGGACUAUUUUGCACGCUAUGGUGCACCUUGUCCUGAGGAGGCUAAUCCUGCCGAGCACAUGAUUGACGUUGUUUCUGGCAGUCUGUCCGACUCAAAAGACUGGAGCGACAUGUGGCAAUCAUCUCCUGAGUAUCAGGCAGUUACUGCUGAACUAGACCAAAUCAUCCAAGAUGUAAGUUCGAAGCCGCCUGGCGUAGAGGAUGAUGGCUACGAGUUCGCUGUUCCUUUGUGGGAGCAGAUUAAGGUUGUCACGCGUCGCAUGAACCUGUCGCUGUACCGAAACACCGACUAUGCCAACAACAAGUUUGCUUUACAUAUCUUCUCUGCGCUGUUUAAUGGCUUUUCAUUCUGGAUGAUUGGGAACUCAGUGCGAGACCUACAACUGAAGCUCUUCACCAUCUUCAACUUCAUCUUUGUUGCUCCUGGUGUUUUGGCACAGCUUCAACCUCUUUUCAUCCACCGAAGGAACAUCUUUGAGACCCGAGAGAAAAAAUCAAAGACGUAUUCAUGGGUUGCAUUUGUGACUGCGCUUAUCGUUUCCGAGAUGCCGUACCUGGUUGUUUCAGCUGUUCUGUACUUUGUCUGCUGGUACUAUACCGUCGGCUUCCCGUCUGCCUCUGAUCGAGCCGGUUCCACGUUCUUCGUCAUGCUCUCCUACGAAUUUCUUUACACGGGGAUAGGCCAGUUUAUCGCAGCCUACGCGCCAAACGAAGUCUUUGCAGCACUGGUGAACCCCGUGAUCAUCGGUACUCUGGUUUCGUUUUGCGGCGUGCUUGUUCCCUACCAGCAGAUCCAGCCAUUCUGGAAGUACUGGAUAUAUUAUCUUAACCCUUUCAACUAUCUCAUGGGUAGCAUGCUCGUGUUUGACUUGUGGGGCCAAGAUGUUCGCUGUACGGACAAUGAAUUUGCUCUCUUCAACCCUCCCAAUGGGACAACCUGUGGUGCAUACUUGGAGAGCUACUUGGCGGCUGGACGGGGCGCUGCCAGCAAGCUCGUCAACCCUAAUGCGACCGCUGAUUGCCGCGUGUGUUCCUACAGCAACGGCAGUGAUUACCUCAAGUCGCUGAAUUUGAAUGAGUACUACUAUGGUUGGCGUAAUGCUGGCAUUGUGGUCCUCAUGGUGUUCAGUUCGUACGGGCUGGUGUACGCGCUUAUGAAGCUACGGACCAAGACUUCGAAAAAAGCAGAAUAGUGGGAGACCUAGUUGUUGAUUGUUUCAAGGAGGUGAUCAUUUAAUUUCUAUUAGAAAGACAUGGCAUAGAUGUAUUUUAGAAUUUUCGACAUUUAAUUUUAGAGUCAUUUUUUACGGAGAUAUUAUGAUGCAGAGAAAGUCUUUACAAAAUAAUUGAAAAUAAAUCCAUGGCUACUCUUCUUAGCAUCCUGGACCUCUGCGACGUGCGCUCCCUUAAGAAUUCCCCAUGCAGCAGCCAAGUCAAGGACGGUAAGAGUUGUAUCAAGGACUGUGAUAUUAUCGAAGCCUCUUCCCAUGAUCCAUCGCUGAGAUGUGAGCGCGGUUGCGAAGUUGAGCACUGCCUGGGAACAGUUUCCAGUUCCUAGAACAAUCAGGGAUGUAAAAUCAAUGGGCCCGUCGCCAGCCUCAGAGUUGGUGGAAAACAGCCCACGGCUCCGGUUCCUGACGAGCGACCAAAAUCGAAUAGCAGCGAAUAAGAAGAGAGGAAAGUUCAUAACACCAAGACAGGCCAUUACAUCGUGAUACCAAGCAUCUCCACGUGCGAGAGACCGU